CUCUCACACGGGCGGCUCCCAAAUCCCUACUUCAGGAAGAAAAAAACACAGCCUCUUCACCAUAGCCAUUAUCUCUCUCUCAUUAAACCCCUUUUUUUUCAGAUCUCAAACCGAAAAAACCACAAACAAAAGCUGAAAAUUUUCUGGAGAAACCCCAUUUUCAAAUGUCUCUCAUUUGAGAUGAAGAAGAAAGCUGACAACAAGCUCCAUUCUUCACCUCUCUCACUUUUCUUCUGUUUCGUCUCACUCUUCACCAGCUUCUCUUCAUGUGAGCAGUCUCCCAUUACCAGCCAUGGCGGCCUCACGGAACAAGAAGUUGUCUACAUCAAGCAACGCCAGCUUCUCUACUACAGAGACGAGUUCGGUGACAUAGGGGAAGAAGCGGUCACCGUCGACCCAUCGCUCGUUUUCGAAAACCCAAGGCUUAGAAACGCUUACAUAGCUUUACAAGCUUGGAAGCAAGCUAUAAUUUCCGACCCCUAUAAUCUCACCGGUAAUUGGGUUGGAUCGAAUGUAUGCAACUACACCGGCGUAUACUGUGCUCCGGCGCCGGAUAAUAACACGAUCAGAACCGUCGCCGGCAUUGACUUGAAUCAUGGGGAUAUCGCUGGCUACUUGCCGGAAGAGCUUGGGUUGCUUACUGAUCUUGCAUUGUUUCAUAUCAACUCAAAUCGGUUCUGCGGUACUCUUCCUCGCAGGUUCAGUAACUUGACGAUACUGUUCGAGCUGGAUCUUAGCAACAACCGGUUCGCCGGUAAGUUCCCUAAGGUGGUUCUCCGGUUGCCGGCGCUGAAGUUCUUGGAUCUGCGGUUCAAUGAGUUUGAAGGAACCGUACCCAGAGAGCUUUUUGACAAAGAUUUGGAUGCCAUUUUUAUAAACCACAACCGGUUCAGAUUCAGCUUACCGGACAACUUCGGCAACUCGCCGGUUUCCGUCAUUGUCUUGGCGAACAACAAGUUCCACGGUUGCCUGCCGGUGAGUAUCGGCAACAUGAGUGGUCUUGAAGAAAUUAUUUUGAUGAACAAUGGGUUGAGAUCUUGUUUGCCGAGAGAAAUUGGUAGGCUUAAAAAUAUGACUGUGUUUGAUGUUAGUUUUAAUGAGUUGAUGGGGCUUUUGCCGGAGGAAAUUGGGGGAAUGGUCAGCCUGGAGCAGCUCAAUGUGGGGCAUAAUAUGUUGUCUGGUAAGAUUCCGGCGAGUAUUUGUCGCUUGCCGAAGCUGGAGAACUUUACGUUUUCUUUUAAUUUCUUCACUGGAGAGCCGCCGGUUUGCUUGACGUUACGCGGCUUUGAUGACCGGAGGAAUUGCUUGCCGGCGAGACCUUUGCAGAGAGGUGCGGCGCAAUGUAAGUCUUUCUUGUCUAGGUCAGUGCAUUGUAGUUCGUUUAGAUGUGCUCCUUUUGGUCCUUCCCCACCUUCCCCGCCGGUUGUUGUAACUUCACCGCCACCUCCUCUUGUGGUUGUAACAUCACCGCCGCCACCUCUACCAAUUUACACUCCACCAUCCCCGCUACCUCCUCCACCCAUUUACAUUCCUCAAUCCCCACCACCACCAUCUCCUCCACUACCCGUUUAUCCUCCACCGCCACCUGUUUACUCUCAACCUCCCCCGCCUCCACCGAUUUACUCACCUCCACCACCACCACCUGUAUACUCUCCACCACCAAUUUAUCCGUCACCUCCACCACCAUCACCUCCUCCACCUACUCCAACAUAUUGUGUGAGGUCCCCACCACCUCCGCCGCCCAAUUCACCUCUUCCGCCACCUCCAUUGUUUUCCCCGCCGCCGGCAGCCCCUUAUUACUAUAGCUCCCCACCGCCACCUCCACCGCAUUCUCCACCACCACAUUCACCUCCACCACCAAUUUAUCCAUACUUAUCUCCACCGCCGCCACCACCUCCCGUUUAUUCCCCUCCUCCAAUUCACUCUCCACCACCACCCUCACCUCCAUGUAUAGAACCACCUCCACCACCACCAUGUGUAGAGUACUCUCCACCACCACCAUCACCACCUCCACCAAUAUAUUACAAGCCGCCCCCAUCACCCUCACCUCCUCCACCACCAGUUCAUUACCAUUCUCCUUCACCGCCAAUUAUUUACGAAAGCCCGCCCCCACCUUUAUCACCCCCACCAGCUCCAGUAUAUGAAGGGCCAUUGCCACCGGUAAUCGGAGUGCCAUACGCUUCACCUCCGCCACCACCUUUCUAUUGAUUCUUUUGAGAAUUUUCCUCCUUGGAAGGUAUUCAGAAAAAAAAAAGGAAAAAUCCAGCACUUUAUAUCAACUAUGGGAUCGAACUUUCCAUUGAAGAAGGAUAAAAAGCCAAGAAAAAAUAUUUAAUUGAGAAUUGCUAUGGAUAUUUAGUGUCUGUGAAAUAAAGAAAAUGGCAGAGAGAUUAGGUUGCAGAGAAAGUUGUAUGUAUAGUGGUGAAUUUCAGAACACCAUCAAUUAUCUAUCUCCAGUCUUACACCAUGAAUUAGCUGCUGCUGCUACUGUUUUGUGGUUUUUUUUUUAAUUGUUUACUAUCAUAUUUUUGUUUCUUUUUUA